AUGACGACCACCGGUAACAGCGAAAGCACCAGCAUUUCAAAAGUUUCGCAACGAAACUACAACAAUGUCACUUUAAAGACCUUAACGGCCUACCAAUUGAUGGCUCAGCGAGAAAACAUGUGCGAAUUGUUUCAAUUGCUGGAUGACAGCGAAAGGCACAACCGUAUAGUCGACGUUCAAAACCAAAAAGAGAUUCUAGAGGACAUGAAGAGACGUCUUGAACAGUCUAAGGACCUGAAUUGA